AUGGAGGCACAAUUUCGAAAAAGUACUUUCAAUGAAUGUUCUUAUGUACAGCAAUGUUUACUCUUUGGCAUGAAUGUGGAAUUGAUUUUGAAUUUAACAUCUUCUAGAUGUUUAAGAGAUCCCAAGUCUGUGAAAUAUAGUCGUAAUCUUGAUUCGCUAUCAAGGUCUUGUUCACAGGCAGUGGUAGAAGCCUCAAUUGGGAGAGAGGCUCUGUCCUAUACUUUUUCAAAACUCAACAAAACGGUGAGCACACUCGAAAAGGAGGCUAUCAAAGCGUUCCUCAAAGGAAAAAUUGCUGAAGCAUGUAAGAAUGAAACGCAAGAUGCAUAUGAUGCGGCCAACAUGUUGGCAACUUCAAUGCCAAAAGAUAUGGACGCCUUACUUUCCAUGAUGGAGCUAAAAUUUGUGACAGACGCAACUAAUGAAAGCCCAAGUAUAGCCAUGCUGUGUGUCUCACUGAUGGUUCUCAGCAGUAUUGCUCUUGUAUUGUAUUUGAUGAUUGAUUAUUGGAAUGCUGUUUCACAGGAAAGUAAGAAUCAGCGAAAGCAUUUGAAAGCUGUGAAUCAGGUGUUCGAGCAACAUAUGGAUUGUUUCAAGUCAAUCAACAAACAUACUAAGGACCAACAAGCACAAAUAGCAAAAAUCGAAAAUUACUUGAAAGAAACCACGAACGAGAGAAAUUUAUUGAAAGAAUCCUUUAGUUUGCAAGAAACGAGGCUCAACGAAUUGCAAACGAUUGUUAGCAGUUCUUCUCAAGAAUUUAAAACACUCUUCUUCAAGUAUGAACAAGCUCUGACAACUCUCCAAAGUAUAAGAGAUGAAUUGAAACCAUGUCAAGAUGAUGACUCACAAUAUGAAACCAUCGAAGAGUCUAUCAAAAAGCUAGUCCACAGAAAAACAGAACUAGAAAAUUGCUUCAAUGCAUUACAGGAGAAAUGUUUAAAGGAAAAGUCAUUCCUCAAAGAAGAAAACAGAAAACUCAACUGGGAAAUAGCCAAUAAUCAACAAAAAAUAGAAGAAUUACACUCCCUUGUCAACAGCUUGAGAGACAACCUUGAGACGGAGAAAUCAAAUACUGAGAGUCUUGAAUCAGCUCUAGAGACACAGACUUCCGAAACGAUUCGAUUAAGCGACGCGUUAAAUAGUGCAGAGGACAGAAUUAUCGAGUUAUCAUCAAGAUGUAAAGAAUUUCAAAUGGAUUUGGAAAUUACUAAUAAGGCUUUGGAGAAAAUUGAUGCCAUGUUAUCGAUCAAGAUCGUAGGACGAAUGAAUGAAAUGAACUCGUUGAGUCAAUCCCUCCACGAAGGUUCUCAACUGCCCACAAGAUCGUUGCAAUUAGAAAAACUACAAAGGACAAUAGAGAGACUUAGCCAACAAGAGGAAAAGGUUGUUGUACCGAAAAGAGAGCAGACCUUAGAUGAAUUGGAAACGAAUCGCUCACAAGGACCCAAGAUCUUGGAGAACGAUUGCAUUUUACUGAAGAAAGAGGUUGAAACAUUUUCAACUUUUGUCCAAAGCAUUGAAGACAUGUUAGGUUACGAAGAUUGUGCCAAUAUUUCUGAUAAAUGCGAGAGACUACUUUGCAAGCUUCAACAUAAAAUUGAGUUAACACGCUCACAGCAAGGCAUGAUAGAGGAAAAGGAAUGUCAAAUUAUUGAACAACAGAAAGAGUUGGAGGGUAGGCAAAAAUCUAUUGAAAGUCUCAUCAAUCAAUCUAAGGAGUAUGAAUGCAGAAUUGUGAGUCUUGAAGAUGAGCUUCACAACCUCUCAACAGAAAAUAUGAAGAUACUAAAAAACAGACGAAAAGAAUUGGAAGAAAUGAAAUGCAAAAACGAAGACGAGCAGCAGAAACAAGAACCAAGUUGCGUGCUACCAACCCAAGAGCAAAACAAUUCGUUGAUCAAGGUUUUAGAACACAAAAUUGAGGCAUCAAAUAACGAGAAGGAAAUGCUGCAGGCCCUUUAUCAACAACAGUUUGAUGAGCUUACUAGUAGAAAUGAAAAGCUGUUGAAUGAUCUCAAUUCUCAUGAAAUGUACAUAAUGGCAUUAGAAAAGGAUGCAAAGAUGGAUACUAAAGAACAUAAGAUUAUGAAAGAACAGUUUUUUGCAAUCCAACACACUAACGAGCUGCUAAAGAAAGAUAUAUUUUUAACGAACCAACAAUAUUUGAAAAUUGUCAGCAAACAUGAGUCUGCACUUAUUGAAAAGGACAGAGAACUCGAAGAGGCGAAAAUGCGAAUUUCAAUUUUGGAGCAUCGUGUGAAAAGUUUGGAAACGAGAUGUAUUGAGAAUCAAAUUGAUAUUACCUCAUUAAGCGCCGAAAAAUGUAACUUGCAAGCUGAAAAGACAGCAUUGCUAGAGGAAAAUAAGCUGCACAAAUUGGCACGCAAGUUGAGCUUUGAGUAG